AUGAGUGAAAAUCAUAUUUAAGUGAAUGUACUUCAAAUGGAAUUCAUUGUAUAUAAAGAGAGUAAUGUAGCGAUGCUGAGAAUAAAUAUUGGUUGUGUUACAGAUUCUUAGGGAAAUAAAUGUGAAUAUCAUAAAAAUUAAUGUAAAAUCAAAAGCUGUGAGACUGCUUCGGAUUCACUUAAAAAUUAUCAAUAAUGCUAGGAUUAUGACAAUUUGUUAGAUUGUGUUACCUCUGAAAAUGGAGGAUGUAAAUAAAGACCUUAAAAAUGUGAAGGUUAUGUUGAUUAAGUAGAUUGUUACUCAAUUCAAUAAGAGGAUUGUAUAUGGUAUAAAAAUAACUGUGCAAAAAGGGAAUGCUUUUAUGCUCCACUUUAUUAUAGUCAUUAAGAUUGUAAGAAAUAUGGAAAUUGUAUAGGCAAAGCAGGUGGUGGAUGUUAAUAGACACCACAAGUUUGUGAUGAGAUUUUAUAAGAAUAAUUUUGUGAAAUUGAUUAUAAUAAAUAAAUUUGUUUUUGGCUUGAAGGAAUAUGCACAUUGUUUGAAUGUAGUUUAUUGAAAUUGCCAGCUUACAAAAGUCAUAAAACAUGUUAAGAGGCAAAUUCAAAUUGCACAUUUAAUAUUGAUACUUUGGGUUGUUAAGAUUAUUUAUGUGAAAAUAUCUAAGAAAUCGAAUUUUUCAAAAUUGAUUCAAAAGGGAGGAUAUGCUCUAUCAAUGAAGGAUGUAUAGACAAAAAAUGUUUAACUGCUCCACCAAAUUAUGAAAGUAAUUCAAAAUGCGAAGAAUGGUUACCAUAUUGCACAGUUAAUGUGUAAGAAUUAUCAAAUUCAAUAGUAUUAAUUGGAUGUGUUGAUAAAAAAAAGGAAUGCUAAUUUGCUCUUAAAGAAUAAUGUCAUUCUACGUUUUCAGGAAUUAAAUGUAAAUGGGAUAAUGUAGGUAAAAAGUGCGUUUCUCAAAUUUGCACUGAUGCUGAUCCUAACAUAUUCUUAACAAAUACAGAUUGCAACUCAUAUAAAGUAGUGGAGGGUACUUGCAUAAUAGGAACCCCUGGUUUUGGAUGUCAACUAUGGUCGACUAGUUGCAAUGAUUUGAUAAGUUAAUAAUAGUGUGAAUUAAGUCUUUAAGACGGAACCAAAUGUUUUUGGACUGGUAGUUUAUGUAAAAUAUUAGAAUGUAAAGAUGCUUCUAUAAUUAAUUAUACAAAUAAUAUUGAAUGUAAUACUUGGCUUGAUUAUUGUAUUUAUAAUUCAACAUUAGGAGGAUGCAUGGAUAGACCAAGUUCUGUUGCUUGUACAUCCUGUCCAAAUGAUAUGAUGUAUGAUACUCACAUUGAAUGCUAAGCAUGGAAUCCUAAAGGCACUGUCAUUUCCUCUUUUAAUCCAGAAGGUUGUGAAUUAAAAAAGGCAAAUUGCUCUGAUUACAUCAGACAAAGAAAUUGCAUAACUAAUUUUGCAGGUUAGCUAUGUUAUUGGGAUGAUAAAUUACAAAAAUGCAUGGGAGAGAAUGGUGAUACAGAUUGUAGCAAGAGAGUUUAUGGAGAUCUAACACAUUAGAAUUGUGAAAACUUUCUAUAAAAAUGUACAAUAUUCGAUAUUGGUAAUAGAACUUGUGUAUCACUUUCAGGUAUGUGUAAUUAUAAUUUGGAAUAAAAAUGUGUAAUCACAAAAAAAUGGUAACCCUGCAAAUGGGAUUUAAAAAAUAGAAUUGUAAAGAUGUAAUUUGUAGUGAUAAUAUGA